AUGCUCAUAUAGAGAAAAUUAUGAAAGCUAUUUUAAGAAUUUAACAUAAGUUAACUAAUUUUAAUUUAAAUUUUAAUUAAAACGAUUAAAUUAUUAUUUAAAUUAUGGCUGCUGAAUUAAUGGAAAUUGAUUUUGAAAACACAUCUAAAAAUGAAAUUGAAGAUGGCGAAAUUGCUGAGGACAUUUCAGACCUUCCAUGUAGAGUUUAUGAGAAUAAUGAAAAGGAUAUCUUUACUACAGGCAUAGACAUAUUUAGUGCUAACACUCAAGAAAAGUUGAAUGAAAGAGCUAAACGUUUUAAUAUUGAUCCCAGCAGUACCACAGCUUUAACCGAUGCUCAAAUUAAUGAAUUAUAUUCAAGUUUGGGCAUUACGCAACCCUUGGAUGAUCCAAGUAUCAGGUUUGAUGCUGUGCAUUUAAGGGGCACUGAAGAAAUGAGUACUGAAGAUGUUUUUCAAUACUUUAAACUUUACGGUCCUGCAACAAUUGAAUGGAUAAAUGAUUAUUCAUGUAAUGUUGUAUGGCUUGAUAAAUCAUCAGCUGCUAGAGCCUUGAAAGGAAUGUCUAAUGCCAUUGAGGAUGUAGCAUCAAUACAAACCCCAAUGCCUCCUGGAUUUUGGAGAUUGGGCUCCCCUUGGCCUAAUGCUAAAGAGUUAUUGAUGCGGUAUGCAACUACCAAAGAUAAAAAAUGUUUGAAAGCAGAAAAAGCAAGUCAUUAUUACAAAAAAUAUGGUAAUCCAAACUAUGGUGGCUUGAAAGGUGUUAUUACUGAUAGGAAACGCAAACAAUUUUAUGACAAUACAGAUAAUGAAACCGGUGGUAAAAAGAAUCCAUGGGGAGAUCUUUCAAGGAUGUGGGCAGACUCAGAAGAUAAUUAUGAUCAUAGCCAAAGACCGAACCCCAAAAUAAGUCAAGCUUUGAAAAAUAGAAUUGGAAAGAAGAAAGCCCUUGUCAAUAUCCAGAAUACAUCAGAUUUCAGUGAAGAAAGUGAUAAUUUUGAAGACAUUCAUAAAAGAAUUAAAAUACCUCGUAUGAAAAUGUAUGCAGAUGAAGAAGAGAAACGUUUGAAAAAACUAAAACCUAAAAAUCACAUAACACCAACUGAAUAUGACGAUCACGAUUAUAAUAGCAUUACUAGAACUGUUGAAACUUAUUCUGACAACAAACCUAAAAUUAAACCCGAUGUUAAAGACCGACUGGGUGGUUAUGUAGAUGAUUAUCAAUAUGAGUCAGAUUAUUCAGAUACAAAGAGCGAGGAUGGCAUUAUAAUGGGAAAAUAUGGUAGUGUAAUAAAUGUUAUUAAAAAUGAACCUGACCAUAAACCGUUACUGGCUUCAGAAAUCUCUACAAAUUUAGUAGAAAGACGUAGAAAUAACACAUCUGAAAGUAGUUUAUCAAAUUCUGAUGAGGAAAGCAAAGUAUCAAGAAGAAGCAGAAGCUUCAGUAAACCCGGGUUUGAUAAAGCAGACUUAAGAUUACGAUUAAGUAGUAGAUCAAUUUAUAAUUCGUGAUUAAUUUAGUA